AUGGAUGUAAAAUCUCAAUGCUCAAAUCCAUUUUCAGAGUUGUGUACUGCAUUUGUGGGCAGGGGCUGAGUGUACCGGUAAUCUGAAAGUCACAUGAUGUCGUGGGUGUGAUGUAAAAGGUAGUUUCAAGAUUCAAUGAAAAGAAGUGCGAAGAUUUAAUCUGAGCAAACAGAAGUCCGCUGAUUCUUAUUCGGGAAGCUGUUGGGAAACGUUGACAAGCCAAAUUGUGCGCUCCAGAUGUUGAGGCUCAGUGUGUGGCUGGCAUUGGGGGCCUUUGUGUCCUGUAACAUCCCAUGUCCCGACGAAACGGUCUGCUCCGAUCACACAACCUGCUGCCAGACUGAGCAGGGGUACAGCUGCUGUGGAUACCCCAAUGCGGUAUGCUGCCCCGACUUGUCCCACUGCUGCCCUCAAGGGUUUCGCUGUGACUUGGUUUCCAAGCAGUGUGAGAAAGUCACGGCGUCAUGGAUGGACUCUCCAUUCCUGCUGAAAAAAGCUGCUGGUGGACCUCCCGUCAUCCCACUUCAAUCAUUGUCAUACUCCAAUAUUAUUGAAAAGACACAUGUGCCAAUUGUGGUAGAUGCCAGUGGUAGUGAGCACGAGUUUGGAGUCAUUCGCUGCAGUUCAAAGUUCUUUUGCCCACAAGGCACAUCUUGCUGCAAAGGACUGUCAUCAGAAUCUUGGAAUUGCUGUCCCUACCCACUGGGCCAAUGUUGUGCAGAUGGUCUGCACUGCUGUGAAUAUGGAUACACAUGCAACAUCCACCCCUUAGCAUGUAGCAGAAGAACCUUCAUGAGUCCAUCCACAACAUGGAUUGAGGAACAUCCUCAAAAUGGCCGGUGACACUUUGUUGUUGUUGACAAUUCUCGUUUAGAGUUUACUUUUCAAUGUAUUACACGUUAUCAAUUUUAAAAGAAUAAAACAAAGCAGUUUCCACAACCUGAA